ACCACUGAAAAAUCACCUGGCUCGUUAUGUCAACUGUCACCAUCAAAUAACCCAAAAGUUUUUUUCACCAUAAAAUCGUCCACUUGUUUGAAAAAUGAAAAAUUAGCGCACAAGCUUACCAAUUAGAAACAGAUUAAUGAAAUUAUGGGAACUGUUUACGCAAAAUCGGAAGAUGCCCCAACCAACUUACCCACCUUACCGCCACAAGAACCACACGCCGCCCACCCUUCUCACAAACCCGAAUCAAAAGAAAUUUUUUUAGACGGAGUCAAGGCCCGGGUUGAUAAAAUACACGUAGACGGCUUAGCCCGAACCAAAGAUGACAUAAUCGAGGACUGCAUACGAGACUUGUUCAAGGCUACAGAUUUCCAAGAUGUGCUUCUGAAGGCGCAUCGAGCACGCCUCAAACUAGACGAACUGGGAUGUUUUAAAAACAUUGCUGUUUUCAUAGACACGAGCAAAGGGACAGGCGCAAGCCCUGAUGGACUUGAAGUCACUUUUAAUGUUACUGAGUACAAAAGAGUAACUGGCGGAGUCACCACGCAAGUGGGUAACAACGAAGGCGCUCUUCUUGUUGGUCUGAGGGCGCCAAAUAUUUUCGGCCGGGGUGAACGUGUCCAGGUGGAAUACAGCCAUGGGUCAAAACGUACCACUAAUUUUAAUAUGGCAUUUAUUAAGCCCAUGAGGGGCAAAUAUAGACCAAUAUUCACCACCAGUGUGUUCCAAUCUAACGCAGAAUGGCCUGUAUCAGGUUACAAAGAAUUAGAUAGAGGUCUGCUUUUUGAUUUUGGGUUUCACUCCACAUCUUUGAUUAAGCACAACAUUCAAUGGGAAGCAACAAUCCGCGAUUUAGGUGUCUUAAGUAGGAAUACGUCCUUUGAAGUAAGAGAACAAGCCGGACUUAGUUUAAAGUCAUCACUUAGACACAUAAUAUCGAUUGACUUGAGGGAUGACCUCAUUUUUCCUUCAGCAGGAAGUCUUCUCCAGAUAACUUCGGAAGCUGCAGGCUUGGGAGGAGACGUCGGCUAUCUAAAAAAUGAGUUUUAUGUUCAAGGCAAUUACUCCAUUGCUGAGGACUUUGUUCUGCAAGGAACUCUUUCUGGGGGCUACAUGCGUGGGUUAACAAACGACAUGAAAAUCGGGAUGUCUGAUAAAUACUAUCUGGGCGGGCCUCUGUCUCUAAGAGGCUUUCGGAUGAGAGGCGUUGGCCCCCAUUCCGAUGGUGACGCUUUAGGGUCACUCGCUUUUUGGUCUUCAGGCCUUCAUCUUUUCACUCCUUUGCCAUUUAGACCAGGCAGAGGAGGCUUUGGAGAUUUGUUCAAGACUCAUCUUUUCAUCACUGCUGGUAAUAUAGGAGAUUUCAAAAUAAGUGACCAAAAUUUUCUGGAAACACUUGCUGCCAACGUUCGUAUAUCUUACGGAUUGGGAAUAGCUCUCCGACUAGGAAACAUGGCGAGAGUGGAAGUUAAUUAUUGUUUCCCUCAUACGUUUGAGCGAGGUGAUCAAACUCAUCCCGGAAUUCAAUUCGGCAUUGGGGUACAGUUUACAUAAGCGAGGCGAAGGUAGUGGCGUUAAAAGUGUACUUGAUACAAGAUAAACACGUUGUGUAACGCAAAGUUAUUAAUAAAGUUUGUUAAUAGUA